UCUUGUAAGUUUUAGCCAGUUAUCUUCGCGUUACUCGGGUUUAUUUAGACAGAGGAAGCAAAGCAACGUUAAAAACAAGGAUGUGAAGGGAAAAGAAAGUGCGGCUGUGUUAUGUGAUGCAACAGUUUGUUCGGAUAGUUUCGAAGAAGCCGUACGUCAUUUUGAUAAGAAUGUCUUAGCUGAGAUGUGUAAAAUAGACGUACGGUCUGCAGUAUCUAUCGCCGGAGCCUAUAAGGCUGCCGUGAGAGAUGUCCCGAACUUAAAAUCAGCUCGGAAGAUAUCGCAUAUAUCCGAAACUUCAUUCGAAAAAAAUAAAAAUGGAUGGUUACCAACACCGACGGUCACAGUCGAUCUACGCGGCAAAAAAACUAAAUUUAGUUUCACUGAUAAUUUUGUGGGUACACUGUUUAGAGAUUUACAUAAUGAUUCAUUUAAAUAUAAUAUACAAGUGCGUGGGUUCAAGACAGAGAGGGGAAUUCAUGCAGACCUUAAGAGGAACCCUAAUUUAAUAAAUAGACUACGUAAGUUUUUCGGUCUUAACGUCACAGACAGCUCAGAUAAACAAUCCAAUCUCGGUCCAGAUGUUGCACCGAGAUUGGAGAAGCUCCUCAGCGAGGAUACAGUGCUCACGCACCAGCAGAAAGAUAAAAUUAAGAUAGCUUUUGCUGAGGGGUAUUUGGCAGGGUCACAUCCGGACAAUGUUCGUGGUACCAAAGCCUCCAAAUACCUAAAGCUGGUGCAGCAACUACUCACCAUAGUACUAUUCCUGGCUAUAUUUGUCAGUCUCAUGGCGUCUGUUAGUGGAACUGUCUUCCGGAUUCAGCUGGGCAACCAGGUGGAGGUGGAUCCUGAAGACAUCUCCGUCACCUUUGAUGAUGUCAAGGGAGCUGAUGAAGCUAAGCAAGAACUUAAGGAUGUGGUGGAGUUCCUAAAGUCACCGGAGAAGUUCUCAUCUCUGGGUGGCAAGCUGCCGAAGGGUGUGUUGCUGGUGGGUCCACCGGGCACCGGCAAGACGCUGCUAGCACGAGCUGUGGCGGGGGAGGCUAGGGUGCCCUUCUUCCAUGCAGCAGGACCUGAGUUCGACGAGAUACUGGUGGGGCAGGGCGCUAGAAGAGUACGAGACCUCUUCAAGGCAGCUAAAGAGCGAGCGCCGUGCGUUAUAUUCAUAGAUGAGAUAGAUUCAGUCGGUGCCAAAAGAACCAAUAGUGUCUUACAUCCAUAUGCUAAUCAGACAAUUAAUCAACUCCUAUCAGAGAUGGAUGGUUUCCACCAGAACGAGGGUGUGAUCGUUCUGGGAGCAACUAACCGGAGAGAUGAUUUGGACCCAGCUUUGCUGAGGCCGGGCAGAUUCGACGUAGAGGUAUCGGUACCCACACCGGACUACGGCGGUCGGCUGGAGAUCUUGCGUCUGUACGUGGCGCGUGUGGCCGCACAUCCAGACUUGGACGUGGAGGCGCUGGCCAGAGGUACCACUGGCUUCACCGGAGCGGAUCUUGAGAGCAUGGUCAACCAGGCUGCGCUAAAAGCCGCCAUCGAGGGUGCGAAGACGGUGUCGAUGUCGCACCUGGAGGAGGCGCGCGACAAGGUGCUGAUGGGGCCCGCGAGGCGAGCGCGCCUGCCGGACGACGAGGCCAACAACAUCACCGCCGUACACGAGGGCGGACACGCCGUCGUCGCCUACUACACCAAGGACUCGCACCCGCUGCACAAGGUGACCAUCAUCCCGCGCGGGCCGUCACUCGGUCACACCGCCUACAUUCCCGCCAAGGAGAGAUACCACGUGACAAAGCAACAGCUGCUGGCUAUGAUGGACACCAUGAUGGGAGGACGAGCGGCUGAGGAGCUUGUCUUCGGACCUGACAAGAUUACGUCAGGUGCAUCUUCGGACCUGAAGCAGGCGACAUCCAUCGCGUGUCACAUGGUGCGGGAGUGGGGUAUGAGCGAACGGGUCGGGCUCCGGGCGCUGGAGCCCGCCAGGACACAGGACACCCUCGGACCUUGCACCAAUGAGCUUGUUGAUGCGGAAAUAAAGAAGAUACUAUCAGAGAGCUACGAACGCGCCAAGGCCAUUUUACGUGCUCACGCCAAAGAGCACAAAGCUCUGGCCGAUGCCUUACUCAAAUAUGAAACACUCGACGCUGAUGACAUCAAGGCGAUAAUGAACGGAGACAAGAUUAAGUUAGAUAAACAGAGAGCCGGCAAGGAGUCCGCCGGUAGUCCCGGGGCUCCCGUGCCGCCCGCGCUGCUGCCGCAAGCAGUGCCCGCAUAGAAACAGAUAUAUCCUGGACUUCAUUAGACGCUAGUGAGAACGUAGAAGACGGACAGAUGUCUCAAUAUGUACAAAAUAGUGAAAAGUGACUUUGAAAAUUUUGCAGGUUGCGCUGUUGUUGUUAACCGAUGUUAAAUUCAAUAAAAAUAAGUAUAACAUGUUUAUGAGGAGUUUCUUUUGUAGAUUUGGUUAUUAUGAUUUUAUUUGGAUAAUAUUACAAUAACAAUAUUGAA